CUUGUUUUCCGGCGCCCAUUCCAGUCGAUAGAUAUCAGUCGGCCCUGAGUCAGCUCUGGCUAACUGGCUGGCCCAAAACGUCGUCUAUUUCUCGAUCCAUAGAAAUCGGGAACAGAUUUCAACUAAAUUCUACCGAUCGGUGAAUCCGGGUGACUGAAGAAGGGCCAAGACAAAAGAAUCGAGACAUCUACAACAGCAAAUUAAUUUUAGACCUUGAAUGAGAAUCGUUUAAGGGAGAAGAAGGAAUAUGGGUCAUCUUGCUCUUGUUCUGGGAUUUUCGCUGAUUGCUUUUGGAUCUUCUCAGGACUUAGAUUUGCAAACGUCGAUUACUCAUGAUUAUAAAGAAACAACAGAACCAGUAAGAGUAACAAGUCCUGCAACAGAGCCCCCUACAGAGAAGCCAACGGAGAAAUCUAUAGAAAGUAGUAUUAGAAAUGCAUUAAAGUUUCUCAUUUCGCAAAGGGAAAGCGACUGGAGUUGGCGAAACGACACUUCCAAAGUGCUGACGGCGCUCAAACUUCUCAACGUAUACGAAGAUGUCCUGGACGACCUUUUACCAAGUGCCUACGAGAUGCAACUCUCCAGCAAACAAAUGGAGAUUGAAAUCGUGAUUAUGCUGUGGAGACAUCACGAAGUACCAAUACCACCGUCACAACUUGCUGAGUACUGCUUAGCUUUGAACGCUCUAUGUUAUGAUCCCAGGCAAUUUCACGGUCAUGAUUUGAUCGGUACACUUCAACAUCAUGAAUCUACCAACGACUUAGAUUUUGCCUACGUCACUUUGGCGGCCUGUACCGCAAGAGCUCACGUUCGAAAGAAGCAAAUCAGACGUCUACUUGACAUCGCCAAUACGGCCAAGGACCACAAUAUCGAUACAGUCGCCAUGACCAUUUUGGCCUUAAGGUGUAUAGUGAUGGACCACAGACAUAGGAACCUUCAGCACUCGUUGCGUAGACCUAGCAUUAGCUUGGCACGUCAGCAACAAUCGGACGGAGGUUUUGGCAACUUGUACAACACAGCCUUGGUAAUGCAGGCAUUGGAUGACAUGACCGAAUUGAAAAGCCAUUGGAACAAGACAGCGGCAAAGGCUUAUUUAGAAUCAAGGCAAGACCCUGACGGAGCCUACACAGAUGCGGGCUUGACCUCUGACGUUUUGCUGGCCUUGAUUGACAAAGGAUUAGGUGUUAUUAGACUUAUGGACUGUGGACGACACGAUAGUGAUUACGAUAAUAAUGUAGAUAUCGAAGGCCUGACCAAAUCACUAUCACCCCAUGGUAAUGAUAGUGAAAUUCGCAAUGUCACUGUCACAUAUUCACUAUGGAUUGGUUCGAAUAUUACAGAAAACUGUACAAUAUCCAUUACAGCUCCAAGAAACACAUCGUUUUAUUCAAUAAUGCAGAUGGCUAUGGAUCUGGAUCCACACUUUACAUUUGAAGCCUCAGAAUGGCCAAAUGGGCACUACGUUCACACCUUGGCUGGAUACAAGGAAGAACCAAUGGGAUACAAUUACUGGUUACUCUACAGAUUACCUGAACUGCCAGAUCCAACAGCGCCACCGGCAAAUCAGCUUGUAGCACCAGUUGGUGUUGACGAUUUACUCAUUGAAGAGGGAGACCACUACCUCUUCUGGUACAAGAAACUCUAAGUUUCCUCUGUUGUAGAAUACAAAAAAAAGCGAAAACAAAACAGCUGGCUUGAAAUAAACCAACUAUAAGUAGUGAAACAAGAUAAUAAUAUUGGAAUGGGUGAUGUUUAUUUAUUAUAUUAGUAGAAUAGAAACAUAAAAAUCUAAACUCGUAUUUUUGAAUCUAAGAGUGAGCUAUAUACAAUAUACAUUCCAGACAUUUUUAUUUAAAUCAAACUUAAAAUUGUAUAUUUUAUGUUAUUUUAUAUUGUUAAAUUAAGACCAUUGAUGUAUUAUUAUUUAUCUGCUUAGCAGUAUUAAUAACAAUUUACUAUACAAUUUAGGCUAUUUAAGGCUUAUAUAUAAAAAUAAAAACUGACAUUAGUGUUAGGAUAUAGCUUAAAUAAAGGGUGAAUGCAAAAAUUUACUUCACAUGCUUUAUUUUAAAAAUACGAAAGCGUAGAGCUGCCAUCGCAACAAUGAAAUAUAAUUUUAGCAAAAUUUGCACUUUUUCUGUAAAUUUACACUUUUUCUGUAAAUUAACAUAUUUUCUGUAAAUUUACAGAUUUUCUGUAAAUUUACACUUUUUCUGUAGAUGGGUGUUAGAUCCAGGUUCAGUAUAGACGAUGAGGAAUAAUUCUUCAAGUAUUUUUGAAGAGAGUGUGGCUUCAGAACAAAAUAUAUAUUUGAAUGUAUAUUCAAAUGUAUAUAUGAAAAGACUAUAUGAAAAGAUUAAGCAAUAUCCGAGUAUUAGGAUAUUGCUUAAUCUUUUCAUAUAGUCCGCAUGUCUUCAAUUCUUCAAUUAAUUGCCGCAGUGGUGGUUCCCUAAUUCUUUCUUUACUAGUGAAGUCUUUUUUUGAAUAAACUGGCGUAGAACGGAAUUCGAUGGGAACUACUCGUAGAAUAAUGCACCACUGUUGCCACUAACGCAGAAAUUGACAGAAAAAGUGUAAAUUUACAGAAAAAAUGUAAAUUUACAGAAAAAGUGCAAAUUUACAGAAAAAGUGUAAAUUUACAGAAAAAGUGUAAAUUUACAGAAAAAGUGUAAAUUUACAGAAAAUCUGUAAAUUUACAGAAAAUUUGUAAAUUUACAGAAAAAGUGUAAAUUUUGCUAAAAAUAUUUUUCAAUGUUGCGAUGGCUCUACGCUUUCGUAUAAAAAUAAUGCGAACAAAAAAUAAAAUAAAGACCCUGUAAUUUUUAUAACUGUCGUAGCUGUUUGUAACAAACACCAUAUAAAAAAGCUACCUAUAUAGUAUAUUUUAAAGAAUACUUGCGGUAUUUUAUCGAAUAUAUUCUAAAUAAAAUUUCUGAAUGUGCCACAUUUAUCUAACUAUCUAUACCUACAUAUAUUGAGUUAGAAAAAAUAAUACAUUUAUAAAUAUACAUAAAUUUGAUCGGAUAACUUAUAAUAAACUUCAAUAAUUAUAGACAGCAAAGAGAUUUUCUACUUAAUAAUAUAGAUUCUUCUCUUCUCUAGCUACUGUGAUACUACUUCUAUAUUUUUUAUUUGUUUAUUUAUUUUUAUAUUAAUUUUUUUUACACGAUAUGUAUUUUUGUUUUAGAAUUUUAUAUCUUUGUUAGAUAAUUUUUGAAGUUUAUAAUUACUAAUAAGCAACAAUAAUAAUUGUGUAAGAGACCUAAAAUUCUUUUUCAUAGCUAGGCUUAAAGUAUUUGGUAAAGAGAAUUUUGGGUUUACUAAAAUAUAUUUUGAAAAAUUAUUUUGACAAUACUAUGCCUUUUCCUCAUCCUUUUUGGUGUAACACCUCCAAAAGUAGAUAUUAGAUUAAGAAAUCGAUCGUUAAAACAAAGGCAUAUUUGUUAUAAAGCUAGGAAUUAUUUUUUGUAAGAUAAGUCUAUUCGUAUACUCGGCUUCUAAUCUGGUAAUUGUGUAAAAGCAAUUGUAAUUUAAAUAAAAUUUUAAGUUAU